AGUGUUAAUGGUUUGUUCUCUACCCAAAGUUUGACCUACGGUUUCCACCUAGUUUGCUGUAGCUUGUUGCGUUCUGAAAUGGCUACUCCGCUAACUGAUCAGGAGAAAAGGAAGCAGAUUAGUAUUAGAGGGAUUGUUGGAGUGGAAAAUGUGGCUGAAAUAAAAAAGGGUUUUAACAGGCAUCUGCACUUCACACUGGUGAAAGACCGGAAUGUGGCGACCCCGAGAGAUUAUUAUUUUGCUCUGGCGCACACAGUCAGGGAUCACCUAGUGGGCAGGUGGAUCAGGACGCAGCAAUACUACUAUGAAAAAGAUCCAAAGAGAAUCUACUACCUUUCCUUGGAGUUCUAUAUGGGCCGUACUUUACAAAACACUAUGAUUAAUCUGGGACUGCAGAAUGCUUGUGAUGAAGCAAUAUACCAGCUGGGACUGGAUAUAGAAGAACUGGAAGAAGUGGAGGAAGAUGCUGGUCUUGGUAAUGGAGGCCUAGGAAGGCUUGCAGCAUGCUUCUUGGAUUCAUUGGCUACUCUGGGUCUUGCUGCAUAUGGCUAUGGAAUAAGAUACGAGUACGGAAUCUUCAAUCAGAAGAUCAAAGAUGGAUGGCAGGUAGAAGAAGCCGAUGACUGGCUGAGACAUGGAAACCCUUGGGAGAAGGCACGACCAGAAUAUAUGCUACCUGUUCACUUUUAUGGCAGAGUAGAAAAUACCAAGUCUGGAGCAAAAUGGGUUGACACGCAGGUUGUUUUGGCUAUGCCUUAUGAUACUCCUGUUCCUGGGUAUAUGAAUAACACUGUUAACACGAUGAGGCUGUGGUCUGCAAAAGCCCCCAAUGACUUCAACUUGAAAGACUUCAAUGUUGGUGGCUAUAUCCAGGCAGUUCUAGACAGAAACUUGGCAGAGAACAUAUCACGUGUCCUAUAUCCCAAUGACAAUUUCUUUGAAGGCAAGGAGCUGCGGCUGAAGCAGGAGUACUUUGUGGUUGCAGCUACCCUUCAGGACAUCAUCCGUCGCUUUAAGGCAUCUAAGUUUGGUAGUGCUGAAGCUGUCCGCUCUUCAUUUGAUUUAUUCCCAGACAAGGCAGCAAUACAGCUGAAUGAUACCCAUCCAUCUUUGGCUAUUCCAGAAUUAAUGAGGAUACUUGUAGACAUCGAAAAACUUCCAUGGGAUAAGGCAUGGAACAUCACAAAGAGAACGUUUGCAUACACCAACCACACUGUCUUGCCUGAGGCUCUAGAACGGUGGCCAGUGCAUCUUGUGGAGAAACUGCUACCAAGACACCUGCAGAUAAUCUAUGAAAUCAACCAGAAGCAUCUUGAUAGCAUUGCUGCCAAGUUCCCUGGAAAUAUGGACAAGAUGAGACAAAUGUCUUUAAUUGAAGAGGAGGGGGUGAAAAGGAUAAACAUGGCUCAUCUGUGUAUUGUUGGGUCUCGUGCAGUAAAUGGAGUUGCCAAGAUCCAUUCUGACAUUGUCAAAAAUAAAGUAUUCAAAAACUUCAGUGAGCUGGAACCAGAGAAAUUUCAGAAUAAAACCAAUGGGAUAACACCAAGGCGCUGGCUUCUCUUGUGUAACCCAGGGCUGGCUGAAUUAAUAGCGGAGAAAAUUGGGGAAGAAUAUGUGAAAGACCUGAGUCGGCUGCAGAAACUAAUGAAGUUUGUCGACAAUGAAACUUUUAUUAGAGAAGUUGCAAAGGUUAAACAGGAGAAUAAACUGAAGUUCGCUCAGUAUCUUGAGCGUCAGUGCAAGGUGAACAUCAAUGUCGAAUCCAUCUUUGAUGUGCAGGUGAAACGAAUCCAUGAAUAUAAACGGCAACUUUUGAACUGCUUGCAUGUCAUUCUUCUCUACAAUCGUAUCAAGAAAAAUCCCAAAGCAGAUUUUGUUCCAAGGACUGUUAUAAUUGGUGGAAAGGCUGCACCUGGUUACCACAUGGCCAAAGCUAUUAUCAAGCUAAUAACCUCAGUAGGAGAUGUGGUGAAUAAUGAUCCAGUGGUUGGAAACAAGUUGAAGCUUAUAUUUCUGGAGAACUACAGAGUGUCACUAGCUGAAAAAGUGAUUCCAGCAACAGAUCUGUCUGAGCAGAUCUCCACAGCAGGGACAGAAGCUUCUGGCACUGGAAACAUGAAGUUCAUGUUGAAUGGGGCCCUUACUAUUGGCACCAUGGAUGGAGCGAAUGUGGAGAUGGCAGAAGAAGCUGGAGAGGAAAACCUGUUUAUUUUUGGUAUGAGGGUUGAAGAUGUCGAAGAGAUGGACAAAGUAGGCUACAAAGCCGAAGAGUAUUAUGAAAAACUUCCAGAGCUGAAACAAGUUAUCGAUCAGAUUCGAAGUGGAUUUUUCUCCCCAAAGCAGCCAGACCUUUUCAAAGACGUCACUGAUAUGCUAUUCAAGCAUGACAGGUUUAAGGUAUUUGCCGAUUUUGAAGAAUAUGUGAAGGCCCAGGAGAGAGUAAGCAAGUUGUACAAGGAUGGAGUUGAAUGGACCAAAACGGUAAUUAAAAACAUUGCUGCUGCUGGAAAGUUUUCUAGUGACCGGACCAUCAAAGAGUAUGCCAAAGAUAUUUGGGAUGUGGAGCCUUCUGAUCUUAAAAUUCCUCCUCCUAAUCAACCAAGAGAUGGGACCGAUGAAAAGGCAAAAGAAUGAAUAUUCCUCAGAAUUGAGGUGCUGUAAUAAAAUCUGAAAUGGGACAAGAUUAAGAUCCUUGGUGUAGGAUGAGGGAAACUAGUUGGAAUAUUUACUGGAAUUUGGUAUAUGGCACUUAUUCUCCCUGUAAAGUUUACAUCUCAGCUUUUAAUGUCACUGGAUUUGGAGUGAGGGGCAGUGGGUGGAUUCCUGGUCAAAUUACUUCUCAAUUCUGAUGGGGUAUAGAAAUAACUUGGUUCAAAAGUUUGCCAUGCUUUAUAAAAAUGAACUGUAUCCUGUCAUUUUUGAGAGCAAAGUAAAUUGUUACUGAAAGAUGCACUGUAUUCAGUUUAUUUCAUGUACAUUAAAAGCAUCUUCUGUA